AUGGACACUGGUCCCUUUCGCAUCAUCGACCACUCGAUCCCCGGCCAGCAUAUCCGUGACCAUCACCAUGCCAUUAAGGGUCGGCAGGAAACUCCUCUCCGACUCGCCAUCAAGCAAUACGUCCCUGUAGACCGGCCCGAUCCUAUACCUGAGCAUGCCGUCACCAUCAUUGGGGCCCACGGCACAGGCUUUCCCAAGGAACUCUACGAGCCACUAUGGGAAGAACUCUACGCUCAGAUGAAGCUGCAUUCCAUUCCCCUACGGGCCAUCUGGGUUGCCGAUGUCUCCAACCAGGGGGCCAGCGGGGUACUCAACGAGUAUGUCCAAGGGGAUCACACACACUGGUUCGACCAUUCCCGCGACCUACUCCACAUGGUCAACCAUUUCCGCGACGAGAUAUCCCGUCCGAUUGUUGGAUUUGCCCACAGCAUGGGGUGUGCGCAGCUCGUCCAACUCUCUAUCAUGCACCCACGCCUCCUCUCAACCCUCAUCCUCAUUGAACCCGUCAUCCUCGACUUCGCCGGCCGCACCGCCGACAGCCCCAACCCCUCGCGCCCCGCCGCCCUCCGCAAGGACCUCUGGCCCUCCCGCCCCGCCGCUGAGGCUGCGCUCCGCAAAUCCCUGCUGCGCAAAUGGGACCCCCGCGCCGCAGUCCGAUACCUCCAGUUCGGGCUGCGCGACCUCCCCACCCGGUUAUACCCUGACGUCGACCAACCCACUACCCCCGCAGACGCCGGCCCAGCAACCACAACCACAAACCCUCAAACCAACCCCUCAGCAGCAGCAGCAGCAGCAGCAGCAGCACCCCCCGCCGUAACCCUGACCACCACCAAGCACCACGAAGCAUGGAGCUACUCGGUCCCAAACCUGGAGCCCGCCAGCGCGCAACUGGACUACCUGCUGCUUCCGGACUGGGACGCGGAAUUCGAGCGGCCGUUUCUGGUCUCCCGCCCGGAGUGCCAGGCCAGCAUGCGCAACCUGCCGUUUGUGCGGCCCAGUGUGCUCUGGGUCUUUGGCGGGCGGAGUUACCUGUCUCCACCGGGGGAGCAGGAGAAGAAGGUGCGGCUGACGGGAUCCGGGACCGGGGGCAGUGGCGGGGUGCAAGAGGGCAGGGUGAAGAAGGCGGUGCUGGAGAAGGGGUCGCAUAUGUUGGUCGUGGAGGAUGUGGAGUGGUGCGCGAAGACGGCGGCGGGGUGGUUGGGUCGCUGGUUUGAGCGGUAUGAGAGGGAGGAGCGGUUCUGGCGGGACUAUCGCAGUAGGAAAUCCGAGGGAGAGGAGAUGUUACGUGCGUCGAAGGAGGGGUUGGAGGCUUCGUUGGCGUCCCUGGGGGUGGAGAGGCCGAGGUCUAAAGGGAAAUUGUAGUGUGCAUGAUUCUGGUGCUGUUACUGGAGACUGGUAACUAGUUGCUCUGAAGUGCUCUGAUCCCCCUUGUGCCCAACCAUGAGAGAAGGGUUGAAGGCUACUACGGUUGUUUUGAUCCUGGGCUUUGUGAAGUAAAGCAUUGCCUCAAUGAAGAAGUUGAUCAGGAAGAAUGACGUUCACGAAGCAUCAAGACUCCAGCAUUGAUUACUGCGCCGUAUGUUGAAAACAACUUAAACAUGAUGAAAGAAAACGGCAGAACUAUGCUCAAACAACCCGGUCAGACACGCUCAUCCAGACCCAGAAAAUCGACGGCUGAUGAUCUAUAUAUGCCAUGCCAUAAACAACACAAAAGACAAAU